AUGGUGCACGAAUUACAAGAUAGUGAUGAGCUAAGUAAAGAUUUGGAGAAUCAGAAGAAAUUGGUUGCAACUCAACAGAAGACAAUUGCAGAAUUGGAAGAGAAGUUGGCUGAGAAAGUGACGAAGUAUACAGAAUUGGAGGUUAGGUUAAACAAAAUGGAGAAGGAUUGGCAGAUGGAUAGAAUGCUUCAUCAAGCUGCAGAAGAUCUUUCGAAGCAGGAACGAGAUCUAGCAAGGACACAAUUGCAGGAAUCCCUAGAGAAAUGUGCGAAAUUGGAGAAAGACCAUCAACAGAUGUUGUUAGAAGUUGCUACAAUACAGGAUCGCAUUAGAAAUUUGGAAGCAGAAUUGGAUUUAACAAGACAACCGGUGAGUACUUCCAAUUCUGAAGAAGUUGCAGAAUUGAAGACCAAGCUUGAUGACCAUCAGAAGUAUAUUGUAAGGUUGGAAGAGCAAGUGCGAGUGUUGGGAUUUGCCAAUGAAGACUUAACUGAGCAAUUGGAAAAGGCAGAAGAAAAAGAAGAAGAAGAGGAAAUCGAAGAACCUAAUUUUCAGGCACAAGCACCAGUUGAAACGAUCUUAUUGGAUGAAUUAUCGGAGCCAACCAAUGCUGACAACCAAUAA